GCUGAGCUCCUCACUCGCUUUCUCACUCCGGCGCUCACUCUCUCCACUUUACAUCCACGCCUGAGCCUCGGACACGGCGCAGCACUUGCCUCGACACCCGCAGUCAUCUCCACACCAAAAAAAAAAAAAGAAAGAAACAGAAAACGGCAACACUGCAGCAAGACAAGCCACUUUAUGUCUCUCACAUCUCCACGUCCAUUGUGAAGGAAUGCCUACUUUUGUGUGAAAUCUGCCGACAGAGGGGGGGGGGAAAGGGGAAAAGAAAAGGAGCGCUCCGGCUCCCCGACCCCCAGACCCAGAGAGCAGCAGAUGUGACAGAAGAGCAGCAGAGGCGUAGAGGGAGAAACUCAAUCCCACCCCUCCUCAUCUGGGAGAACAAUACCCAGCCUGCAGUUGGAGAGGGUCAAGCUUUUGUCCCCACGCUGCCGCUUCAAGAGUGAAGAGCGGACAGACGCGCUGACACAUUGACCCGCCGCUGAGAAACAAGAGGGGAAGACGGCGGACAAAAAACCAGCCGCUGCACUCUGCUCACUUUGAUUCAGUACUUGGACAGUUCCCGAGCAACAGCCGACCACCGCCGCUGUGUGUCUGCGUGUCGCUUUCAUGAGCGAUUUGGUUUCGGAGACCAAGAACCGCAGAUGCAGCCGCCGUGUUCCCUCCAGCUCGGCCCCUGUGGCCCCUCGCCGUCCCCGGGAUCGCAGGGCGGCACCGGCAGCCUCCAGCAGCUGGAGGAGAAGCUGCUCUUUGAGAAGUUUUGGAAGGGGACUUUCAAGGCUGUGGCCACCCCGAGACCAGAGAGCGUCAUCGUGGCGAGCAUCACCGCCCGCCGGAGAGUGACUGACUCUGAAACAACAACCUGCCAGCCGCUCAAGACUGAUGAGAGGAAAGCGGCGGACACGAGGGUGGACACGUCUGAAAGGAACGGCUGCAUCAAAGGACGCAAACACCACGGCAGCCACCGCAGGGCCAGGAGCCCUUCCUUUGACGAGGACCCUUACCCUCGGCCGAAGGGGAAGAAGAAGAAGAGAAAGUCUGAGCGGAAGAGGAAAAGGAAACGGUCUCCUUCCCACAGCCUGUCGCCACUGAGGAAGAAGAAAAAGAAGAAGAAGAAGAGCUCCAAGAAGAGCAAGCGGCAUCGGUAUACCUCCAAAAAGUCAAAACACAGCUCUUCAAGUUUAAAACAUAAGAGGAAGGAUGAGCGCAAGCACAAGAAAAGUUCACGGACUCACUCACGACGGAGGCGACGCUACCGGAGGUCAGAGUCGGACACUUCUUCCUGCCAAUCUUCCACAGAGGACAGACACCAUCUGCAAAAAUCUGUGGUACAUCAGGCUUUAGGAGAGCUGGCAGCUGUGGGAGAGGAAAGCAACGCGGUGAUCACCCACACCGACAUCAAGUGGAGACCUACAACCAAAUCAGUGUGUAAAACGGCUCCAAAAUAUCGCUCCAUCCUCUCAACCGGCACCGUUUUGUCAUCAAAACCUGGAAGCGAGCUUUUGCAUGGAAACGGGUCUCAGCAUUUAUCGAGCCACACCGAAGGGCCGCAUGAUUACGAUUCUGGGAAUGACACGUCUUCGCCGCCGUCGAGCAAAACCGGUGUUUCUCGGGCGAGUGUCACUGACAACAAGAGGAACCACUGUCAGCGUCUGGCCUCGCCAGAGAAGCUCAAGUUCACUGACAGAGACAAUGCCUCUGAUUCAGGAAACUCUGUCACCAGCUACGCUUCCCUGUGCAAACCUUACGUGGAGGACGGCUUGUCUGCGGCCCUUUUCAGCACAAAGAGAGAGCAGAUAACCUUGGGGUGUCGGAUUGAGGUGGUGAGAUCCCCAAAGACAUCCAGCUGUUCACAGAGGAGGAGCGAGUCAUCUCGAAGGCGACUGAAAGCCCGGUCAUCGAGCAGCAGGAGCAGGAGCAGAUCUUCAGGGAGUUCCAGAUACUCGGGACGCUACUCUCGAAGCCCCUCACUGUCAUCUUGCAGCUCGUAUUCACGCUCGCUGAGCAAUUCAGCUGAUCUGAGGCGAAGAGGCAGCGUGGCCAGCCUGAGCUCCAGAGGAAGCUACUCCAGAUACAGUCCUGACAGACUGCGGGACAGAAAGCGAACAGGUAGCUCCAGAGAGACAGAUGUGAAGCACACACAUAAGGUUAGCGGGAAGAGACGAAGACGCAAAUCCUACUCUCCUAUGAAGAAGAGGAGGAGAGACUCGCCAAGCCAUCUGGAAGCACGCCGAAUCACAAGUGCCAGGAAGCGACCCAUCCCUUACUUCCGACCCAGCCCGUCCUCCAGCAGCCGGUCCACCAGCGUGUCGUCCUGGAGCAGCCUCUUCACCCGCAGCCGCAGCCGCAGCCCGAUCCACAGCAUCAGCCGCAGCAGGAGUCGCAGCCGCAGCCACAGCUUCUCCACCUACAGGAGCUACAGCCGCAGCUCAUCCUGGAACUCAAUCUUUGGGACCCGCAGCCGCAGCCGGAGCCGUUCGUUGAACAAACGCAACAAAACGAGGCAUUAGGUGUCUCAGAGAACAUUAUGGGGGCCGAAACGGCGGCUCUGUUUCCAGCUGAGAGCGAGGACAGUGGAUGUUGGAGCAAUCGACCGUUGUGCGUCUCCGCGCUCCGCUUUGACGCUUCCGUGGAAAUUCUCCCAGCAGUGGUCCGAGCACGUCUUUUGUUGAGGCGGUCUUGUUCACUCUGCCCACAGAGAGCGAUGGAGACUGAAUGUCUUUAUGUUUGUUUGUUUGGUUCUUACACUGCAUCCUCUUGCAUCAGCACUUACAAUGGCCUGAGACUGUUCAUCUCGAGAUAUCUACACCAGAAACUGCACAUAGGAAAGAAACACUAUUCCUGUAAUUAGUCAAUUUACAUUCUUGUUCCAUAUGUUUUUUCAUAUGUUUGUGCACUUAAAUUAUUCUUGUAAAUGCUUUAAAAUGUUUUAAAAGCUUAAUAUUUAUUUUAUAAUUGAUGGCACAUAAUGUGGCCUCAUCAGAGGUCCAAGAAGCACUGAAUCAGCCUAAUUCCCAUUUUGAUUUGGACUUGCAGUAUACAGUAUAUUUGGCCAUAUGCAAGUGCAGAUGCACCAGGUGAACAUUUAACCGAUGUUUAACAGGACAGCAGACAUUUACUGUCCUGUGUCAGGUCUCGCACCGUGAAAUGAAGUAUUGAGGUAACAUUUGAGCCCUUUGAUCCGAGUGUUUACAAAUGGCUUCACAGGGAUCGUUAUCAGGAAUAAGAAAAAGGUUUAUUGCUCUGGUCUCAGCACUUCACAAGGCGGAGAACAAACAUGUUUCCUCAGUGAGGGUGGCCUGAUGGCGAGCAAACUGCCUGUCAGCUCAAAUGUCAAAUUAAUUUAUCCUCUGAUCAAGUGGAAAACGAUUGAAAUGUCAGUCCAUGUAAUACAACAGAGAGCGAUUGAACCAUUUGGGAGGUUGUUUGACAAAAUGUUCACACAGUCAGAGGAGCUUUUCUCCUUUACAACUCAUGGCGAAUGAAACAUUUGAUGCAGUUUUUUGGGAGAUGGUAAUGAUAGUGAGCUUUUUAUCUGCUUCACUGCUUCACUCUCUGAACCCCAGAAUUUACAGGCAGGUUUAAAAGGCAAAAAUAGUCAAAAAUACACCAUUUAAUCAGAGCCAGAAACUAAAAAUAGAAAAUAAAUGUUGCGUUAUCAGCUUCCUGAUAGCUUGAACUUCUCAUCUGUCGGAAAAUUGAAGCAAAUCUUCUUUAAAAUCACUUUCUUCCAUGCUUUUCAUUUAAACGCUUUCCAAAAAUACACCAUUUGUUCUAACCAAAUUCUGUAAAAAACUGAAACUUCUGUGCUCUUCGGUGCAACUAUGAAGUCAUUAUUGACUUAGUUGAAACCAACCAUCACCUGACAAAAAUAUAGGGAGUGUUCAGGUGAACUGGGAUGAACUGCAGGCUGUGUUUACACAAAAUAGAUAGGAGAUUAAUAAGGAAACAAAUGAAAAAUCAAAGUCGUAAAACACUCGUAGUAUGUAGAGUCACUGUUGUUCGACAAUAUUGGUAUAAAACUGUGAAGUAUUGGUGGGCACAUGGAAAAAUGUUGUUGCUUUCAUUUUUGUAAAAUAAGUAAUCAGUGAAAUUCAACUUUUUUUUUUUUUUUACAAAUGAUUCAUAGCAUUACAACAGUGACAUACUAAUGACAUAAAAAUGCAUCUUUGAGUUCUGGCUACUUCUAGCCAUGGCUGACUGUGCUUUUUCCAUAGAGGUGCUGGACUGUAAUUUGCAGUGAAAAAUGAGCCCAAAAUGAGGAAAAAUGUGACAGUAGCAAAAAAACGCUCAAACUACUGGAGGUUCAGGGGGUUAAAUGAACAUUUUGAGCUGUCUGUAGUUCUCUUACUGCAUGAAUGAGCCUCUGACUUUUGUUUAUUCGGUCAUUUUAAAAUUAAGCACAGGAGGAAAACGCUGGACCUCAUUUGGCUGCUGAAAAUAUGUCUGAACUAAUGAAGAGCAUUGAUUCUCAGUUUACUUGAAUAAUAAUGUCUCGCUACAACACUGGAGCCAAAUCCAUAAUGCACCUGUGUUUGAAGGUCAAAUUUUGAAUUGUGCGGCACCGUGCAUAUUUAUUGCUUAUUUAAUAUUUAUUGAUUUGUUGUCCCUCUCAGUAGUGGUCAGUCUUUCUAUGCAACGCUGUCAAUUUAUAGUUUUUAUGACACUGCUGUAAGUUAUUUUUGGUUUGUUGUAAAUUAUUCUUGGGUUUUGCUGUCUGACUCACACGUGAACCUCAAAGCUAAAAUUUGAACGACAGAGGAGCAAAAAGUGGAACUGAAGAAAAGAUGCUUCCUGUCUGAUGUUUUGGGUGCUUUCUAUAAGCACAAAUCUAACAUUUUCUUUGUUGAUUUCUUGCUUUUUUUAUCAAUAGUUAAUAGAAAAGGUCAAUACCACUUUAAAACUGUUUCCAAAAUGUGAAACUAGGUAGGAGAUGGUUAGCUUAGCUUAGCAUAAAGACUGGAAGCAGAGGGAAAGAGCUAGCCUGGCUCCAUCAGAAGGUAACAAUAUCCAACUACCAGCAUCUUACUAGCAAGUAGGUCAUAUCUUUUUCCAUAAUUCGUCCAAAAACUGAUGUGUAAGAGCAAGUUGGGGCUUCAAGUAACUUUAUGGCCCCCAGAGUCAUCGCGCCAUCCGAGAAACAUUUUCAUUUUCAGGUUCCGGUAGGUGGAUUCUGUGGCCUUUGGAUAGAGUGCAGAAAUUUUUUCUUGCUAAGAUAAGUUUAAAAAAAAAAAGCAGUUACACUGUUCCUUCCCAAGUUAUUUUUGAGGCUGCUCCAACUCCCGAGUUUGAAUCUGCACACAGUCUGAACCUGCCUUUGCUUUAAAGUAAGAGUUAUAUCUCUCAAUCAUUUCAAAUCCAUCAUCCUGCCUGUGUUACUGCUCCGGGCCUGACAGACUGCUCUCUAUGCACUCAAUACUCUCAGCUUAUUUCCUUGAAUGUCUACUAAAUUGGACGAAUGAGGGAAAUGUGACGUUGGAAAAAAAGGAAAGAGCUUGGCACAGAAGUCACCCGUGAACUCCAAACUGAUGGUGACUGGUGUCGACCAGCGUUGACGAGGUGCCAGCAGGAGAUUCAUGCAGUCGUGUUCAUCGACUUUCUAGAUGGGCUCGCAGGGCCACGGCCCCCCUCCCCAUCUCACAAUGUAAAGUUUACAUCGGUUCUCGUGCAAAAUGACUUUGAAUAUGUAAGUACUGUGGUGUAAAUAUGCAUCUGCAUUGUAUAAAAUGACUCAAAAGUUUUGAUUAUCUGAUUUACGGAAUGUGACUGGGGCCGUGUUGGAUGUUAAAAUGUUAAAGAUAAAGAUGCUUUGGCCAGUGAAAGAGGAAAAGGAGACAAUGCCAGUUCGGCUUCAGUCAACGGAGUCUGGAUGUCUUUGUGCUUAAGGUCCCUCUGAUCAUGUCUUUUGUUAUUUUCAAAAUUCCAAUAACAAGGUCAUAUAGCAAUAGUGCUCCAGUGUUUGUGUGUUAAAUCAUGCAUUUCCAUAUGGAAAGAGCAUAUUGCAAAAUCUUUUUCACACUGUCACAUUUUAUCUCGUGUCAGUGAGAGCUCCACAUUGUGAUGACGUGUCACCUAGAAAUUGAAUCGGUCCCAUCCUAACCCCGUGAAAUCAACUUUCCUUUCCACUGUGUGUUCAGAAUAAGCUAUAUAAAAUCAUGUUCUGAUGGAA